CUAUGCUUUCGACGGUGUGAUGGGGCUUUGUUCCCCGCUCUUCUCGGUCGUCUCUGUGACACUCAAACCCCCCGUCCCUCCCUCAGUCGAUAUCUCGUCAGAGUUGUCCGCUGCCUCGUCAAGUGCCUUUGAGGGCUCGCUGUCGUCAAAGUCUCUGAACGUCCUCCUGCCGAAUUUCACAAAGCCGCACUGCCAUGCAUAGAGAAGGGCGAUGAGUAAGACUGCAGCAGCCGCGCCGGCAAUGGACGCCCAGCGUAUCCACGCCUGACCGCUGGACUUGUCGCCCUCGGCCUCUCCCGCCGAAGCCCCCCACUCUUGCCCCACCAGACCACACGAGGGGUCAUCCAGCGGGCAUUUCACCACGGUAUCUUCCUCGCUCUUCUUCAGGAAAGUCUCAGAGUCCUGGGCAGUCGCCAGGAGUGAGGGAUGAUGGUGCACCAGCAGAACGAGGAUGCUCAGCGUCACGGUGACCGGACAAAACAUUGGGGGGUGAGUGGAAAGCAUCAACAAACCAAUGCAAGAAACCGUCAGAAACGCAG